AUGAGCGUUUAUGAAACAGGAGUCGAAAUGAGCACACUCAGUUGUUUCCUAAUUGUGAUCACCAAUGGGCAAAAGAGCAAACCACCCCGAUACAGUUUAGAUAAUAUGCCAAAAACGUCGUUUUCGUGCCGUGAUAAAAUUCUUGGGGGAUAUUAUGCGGAUCCGGAGACGCAGUGCCAGAUGUUUCAUGUGUGCGUUAAAGUAGCGGGCGUUGGAAUUCAAGAUUACCGAUUUUUGUGUCCGAAUGGGACGGCGUUCAACCAAGAAGCGCAAGUUUGCGUGGAUUUUGGCGACGUGAACUGCGAAGAUGACACUUUGUUCUAUGGCAGUGGCAAUUUCGAUCUUUAUCGCUUGGGAACGGGAUUCGAGAGCAAAAGAGCGCCCUUUGCUGAUGAGGAAGAAGCCGAUUUCCAUUUGCAACGAGCUGAAACAAGUGACGCUCGUCGCAGUAAGCAAUUUAUUGUGAAUCAGAGCACUCGGUCGGAGCAUCCGUUGAUCCAGAAGCAGCACAAUGGAUUUAAUAACAAUCAGAAGGCGGCGUCGCCAACAGCAGCGGCGAGAACAGAGGCACCUGUGACGUUUAGAGCGAGUCCGAGCAGUUAUUAUACGCCAACGACGACGACUUCGACAACAACUACGAGCUCGUAUAAUGAUUUUGUGCGCAAAAAUAGCAAUAAUGACUUUUAUAGUCACAACAACGAAGAAAUCUUCAAAUCCUCCCAAACGGGAAAUUUCUUCAACAAUCGCAACAGCGGCAAGGAAGAUCACGACGACUAUCAAUCAUCGUCGACCUCGACAACGACAACGCUUCGUCCUCGCCCUCGUCCCCGCAAUCGUGGGCACAUCAAAGCACGCGUAACUGCCGAACCCUACAUCGCAUCAACGGUCAACAGUAACAAUUUUUAUAGCAGCCAACAAGCAACAACGCCCAAAAGUAGGCCAUCGUUACCGCAAAUUACUCAACCGAAUGUUUCUGUGAACAAUCGCGGCAGUGCCUACAACGAGUACGAUCGCUAUUCGAACAAACUGAGUACGAGCAAAGCGAAUGUAGAGAAGACAUCAACACACUUAUUCCCGACAAAUUCGCCGGAUUAUCAAAAAUACAACAACAACUUUGGCGCGAAUUCAGUAGCACCUAACAAGCAAGUUUUCGUGCAAUCUUCAACGGCGGCGCCUUUCAGAGCACAAAGUACGACUCCUUACCCCAGUUUCAACUCAAUUUUCAACACAACUUUGCCCGCUUCGUCGCCAGCUCCCUUCCAAAAGGCUUCGUUCGCUUACAAUACGAACAAUAAUCAACAAAGUUUCUCAAGUUCGAGCACUUCUACUACUUCAACGACAACUUUUCGACCUCCAACACCCUUCCAAGUGAACAAUUUGAACGAACAAAGUCGCGAAACGCGUUUCUACAACAGCAAUUACGAGACAACUGGCGCUCCGGUGCAUCCUACGUUCCAAUCUCGGUUCGCCCAACGACAAAGUACGGAUGUCCCAUUGAAAGAUAUCAAACCUUCGACAUACAAUCCCGGAAAUUUCCAUCGUUUUGCAUCGACAGCAUCUCCUUCGGCUCCAGCAGCUUCAAGUUCAGCCGUUCCCGAGUUUCAACCGCGUCGUUUCCAACCAAAUCCGACACAUUUUGAACCCACAAAGCUUGCUCCGGUGACAAAUCCCGCUCAAAAUGGUCCCUCCGCUCCUCAGCAAACGUCGCGCAAUAAUAAUUUCGAUGCUCAAUAUCACGCCCGACAACUUGCAAUUGCUCAAAUAACGAUAACAACCCCGGCUCCCGUGACGACAAACCGACAAAAUGCUCCAAUUUACAAUCGGGCUCCUUCAGGACGAGCUGGAAGUCGAUACACUCCCGAUUAUGUAGAUGUCACGACAAUUUCUCCUCCAUCCCAGACCCAAACUCAAGCAAAAUCGCAGGAAUAUCGAGCGCAAAAUGUUCAGCAACAACCGCAGCAAGUACAAAAAGUUCAAAAUUACCAACAAGAUCCCUUCCAGACGCCGUCAAGUGCGAAAAAGUUCUCAACUUUGGUGCCGAAAGAGCAUUUGUACAGUCCAACAACCUUCAAACCCGACAUUUUCAACGUCAAAAAGAACUAUGGCCCAUUUGAAAUCAACAAACAAAAGCCCCAAACGCAACCUAUCGUAGUAGCUCCCGUUCCGCAGCAACAACAAAUCAACGUUCGAGUCAGCCCAGCACCCGUAAAUGUCAAUUCCAACGCAAAUCGCUUCGAAAUUCCGCAACAACAGCAUUUCCGAUCGACAGUUACGACAACGACCAGUACGACGCCCCGUCCCUUGGCUGAAGACGAAGAAGAUGAUGGUCAAUAUCGUCCGGAAAUUUACGAAAAGGACCUUUACAAGAACAAACUGAAGGCGAAACUCCGUUCCAAGCAGAACAAACACUUCAAUUAUUAUCAAACUACGACCAGCAAACCCUCGAACAACAACGACGACGAUGAACUUUUCAAUACGGCACAUUCGCAAAAUAUCGCAGCGAGCGGAAAUGAGCUUCGGGCUGAGAGAGCGAGACAAGUAGCAGCCAGCGUAAAUAAAUUACAAGAAGUUAAAGCGACUUCGACGACAAAAGCGCCCAAGAAAAAGGACGAAGAGAAGGAUGUCAGUUACGAUUAUCAAUAUUACGACUUUGGAAAUGAGCAAAAUUCGUACGACGAGUUGAUCGAAGAGUUUGGCAGAACAAAAGUUAAGAGCAAGAAUUAA